AUGACGCCGACGUCCAAGGAGGCUCGACGAGCCGAGUGGAAGAAGCUGAAUUUUGCGGGCACCAUUGAUUGGGCUGUUGACCUACAAAGGUUCGGCGAAGAAGACAAAGCCGUCCCCACCGACCUGCCCAGCCCGGGAGAGGAGGGCCCGCUCCCGCCUUUCCCACCCGAAAAAAAAGGAGUGAAUAUAUCCAACAUCAUCGCCUGGGACGAUGAAGAUGUUGAGCUGAACCAGCUUUGCAAAUUUGGGUGCAAGUACGGCGUCUGCCCGGGCGACGUUUGCACGACACCGAUUGUUGACCUCGACCCUGGUGAUGACCCCGGGGACGCUAUGAACGACCCAAACUACGUCGACACUGGAGAUACUCGCUAUUCGAACCGGAUGGGCUGUGUCCUCUCACAGGAUCCGCGAGAGUGGGGGCGGUCAAUAGCGGCGUGCAAAUCGGUGUGUGCGCCGUACAUUGCGGAGGCUGAGGCUGAGAACAGGACUACAAACUACGGGUGUGUGGUCUGGCAACCAAAGGGCGCUCCAGAUCCGUACCACACGAUUACCGGACUGCCUGGAAAGUGGGCAAAUGGCGAAUGCAACUGCGAUAACGUUGUCAUUAAUGAGAUUGCCGACACGGUAAUCGAAGCAAUGCCCGCCAUUGCUCAGACGGCCUGCUAUAUCGUCAUGUCAUCUUUCAAGUUGGUCCUCGACAUUGGGACGACUAUCGCAACCGGCGGGACCGGCCGGGUCUUGACCGCCGGUUUAGAUUUGCUCCUCACUGCUGCGGAAAUGGCCUCGUACAUUUAUCCAGAGACCGAAGAUCCCGAAGGAGCCUUCUCAUGGUGGCUCUCUCCAUGCGGAGGCACAGAUCUGGUCCCGGACGAGGUCAAAGAAGUGUUCGACAUCCUCAACUCCAUUGCUGAUGGUAUAUCGAGCUUCAAAAAGCCCAAGAAUAUCCCCAAGGGAUCCGGAAGAAAGGGAGAUUCGGGCAACCCCAACGACCAGACCACGCCCCGAGCCCCCGGCCCCAACCGUGGCCCCAAACCGAAAUGCGAGAUAGCCACGUCCAAAAAAUCCCAACGACUUUAUGCGGGCCGCAACGUUCUCCGGAUUUUGGAGUGUGUUAAAGACGAAACCAAAACGACCGAGUACAUCAUUACAUCCAUCAUUUCGGCACAAAAUGCAGUCGCUACUCAGGUCCAACAUCAGUGCAAGGCGGCCUGGAAACAGGCCUGCUAUCAUUACAGCUCGGCCAUCCGGGUGAAUCCCCAAUGGGCCGUGCUAACAUGCCCUCCCGAGGCCGCGACAACGGCCAAGCUCCGUACCGUGGAUUCGCCAGCUCUACACAAGUGGGAAAAUGAGCACAAUGGCGCUGGUUGGAAAAUAAAAAACUGCGACAGAGACGAAUUCCCCCCGGCAUAUUUCCUAAAUGAUCAGAUGCCCGAGUGGUACUUGGGCGGGCAAGACAAGCGAGGCCAGCUGGUGCGAUAUAUCCCCAACAGGCAGAACCAAGACGCUGGCAACGGCAUGUUCAAGCGCGUCUGUUUCAACGGUCCCGUCAAGGCCUUGUCCGACCGCGACUUCAAGGAUAAGGUCGUGCGCGCCCCCGCACAUCUGACCUCGGUCGUCGUCGUCAACAAGGUUAAAACAAGAACCCUGGCCGCCGUCACCGUGGACGAAUGGCCCGAGUUUGCCAUCACGGCCUGGGACCACGCGGCCAACCCACCCGUCGACGACGGCCUCUCGGACAACCCGUGCUGGCCCAAGGCCUACGCGCCCACCGAUCCGGGCUUUGCCCUGUUGAAAAUCGACCCUUGGUACCAGGCUCACCCAAACGCGCUUAAAUGGAAGUACGAUGAGGACUACGUCCAGGGUACGAACGGAGACUGA